AUGGCCCAGGUCCGGCAGCGCUCCCGGGGUGCCCUGGCUCCGGUGGCCUGUGUUCAGGCACUGAGGGCGGCUGCCACCCUACCUUACACCCAGGGUAUGGAGAAGGAGAGAGAUCUGAUGGCCACCCUGUUCAACAGCGGCCAGGCCCGAGCUCUGCAGUAUGCCUUCUUCUCCCAGAGGGUGGUGGGGAAGUGGAGCCUGCCUAGUGGGGCGAACUGGAACAACAGCACCGGCAGGACCAUCAGCAAAGCUGCUGUCAUUGGUGAGAGGUGUAACCUCUAUUUCACUGAAGUCUACUCUUAAAUCCAGGUUUUCAAGACUAAAGGCUGGUUUAUACUACGUCUAUGGACAUGUCUGUAGACCGUUGUCGCAGUGUACAUCAUGAACAUUCUAUUGUCGUCCGACAUCAAACUUGUCGUUGUCGUUAUGAAAAAAAGUAUAACACAAAAAACGACAGGCUGCAUGACAUCAGCAACCUGGUGGUCCAAAAUAGCAUAACUGGUGUAUUUUCAAUUUAGUAAAUGUCAAUCUAGCAAACCAGGCAACUAAAAGCAACUUUUGAAACAAUCUUUUGGUUUGUUUCUAGCUUAUUUCUAGCUUGUUGGCUAGCUAGCUUACGUUAAGUUAGCUGGCUAGCCAGUUCAAAUAAUGGCCAUAUCAUUUACAUUUACAUUACAUUUUAGUCAUUUAGCAGACGCUCUUAUCCAGAGCGACUUACAGUUAGUGAGUGCAUACAUAAUUUUUUCAUACUGGCCCCCCAUGGGAAUCGAACCCACAACCCUGGCGUUGCAAACACCAUGCUCUGUCAACUGAGCUACAUCCCUGCUGGCCAUUCCCUCCCCUACCCUGGAUGACGCUGGGCCAAUUGUGCGCCGCCCCAUGGGUCUCCCGGUCGCGGCCGGCUACGACAGAGACUGGAUUCGAACCAGGAUCUCUAGUACCGGUGGCAUCAUAUAGCUGACAACAUCUUAACUUUAGCUAAUUUGUAUUCGUUAGUACAGGAAAAUAAACUCACAACAAGAUCAUUUUACGAGUUAACGGUGAGCUAAUUACAGAAAAUAUCUUACGGUUGUGAGUGUGACGAAAUAAAAGCAGGGCAUUCUACCGGAGAAUUAUAGAUCUUGGACACUGUCUCGUUGGCCUAACGUUAAAUCUUAACGUUAAAUCUUAACGUUAUAUCCUAACGUUAUAUCUUAACAUUAUAUCUUAACGUUAUAACUUAACGUUAUAUCUUAACGUUAUAUCCUAACGUUAUAUCUUAACAUUAUAUCCUAACGUUAUAUCUUAACGUUAUAUCUUAACAUUAUAUCCUAACGUUAUAUCUUAACGUUAUAUCUUAACGUUAUAUCUUAACGUUAUAUCUUAACGUUAUAUCCUAGCGUUAUAUCUUAACGUUAUAUCUUAACGUUAUAUCCUAACGUUAUAUCCUAACGUUAUAUCCCAGUACCGUUUCUGGUAAACACACACUAUAUCAAAUAAAAUGACAUUGGUGCCUUGUUUUGGAAUAUUUGUAUUCUGUACAGGCGUUCUUCUUUUCACUGUCAUUUAGGUUAGUAUUGUGGAGUAACUACAAUGUUGUUGAUCCAUCCUCAGUUUUCUCCUCUCACAGCCAUUCAACUGUAACUGUUUUAAAAUCACCAUUGGACUCAUGGUGAAAUCCCUGAGCAGUUUCCUUCCUCUCUGUCAACUGAGUUAGGAAGGACGCCUGUAUCUUUGUAGUGACUAGGUGUAUUGAUACAACAUCCAAAGAAUAAUUAAUAACAUCACCAUGCUCAAAGGGAUAUUCAAUGUCUGCUUUUUUUAUUUUUACCCAUCUACCAAUAGGUGUCAUUAUUUGCGAGUCAUUGGAAAACCUCCCUGGUCUUUUGUGGUUGAAUCUUUGUUUGAAAUUCACUGCUCGACUGAGGGACCUUCCAGAUAAUUGUAUGUGUGGGGAACAGAGAUGAGGUAGUCAUUCAAAAAUCAUGUGAAACACUAUUAUUGCAUAGAGUGAGUCCAUGCAACUUAUUAUGUGACUUGUUAAGCAAAUUUGUACUCCUGAACAUAUUUAGGCUUGCCAUAACAAAGGGGUUGAAUACUUAUUGACUCAAGACAUUUCAGCUUAUUUUUUUUAAUUAAUUUGUAAACAUUUCUAAAAACAUAAUUCCACUUUGACAUUAUGGGGUAUUGUGUGUUGGCCAGUGACGACAAAUCUCAAUUUAAUCAAUUUUAAAUUCAGGCUGGGGUGUGAAUCCUUUCUGAAGACUCUGUAUGUCCUUGGUGUUGUCUGUCUGUUUGUCUCCAGGGCUGGGUACCAUGGGGCGGGGCAUCGUUGUGGCGCUGGCUCUGACGGGCAUGUCUGUGGUUGCCGUGGAGACCCAAGAGAAGCAGCUAGCAGAGGCCAGUCAGGCUGUUCCGGCGAUGCUGCAGAGAGAGGCGGGGCGACGAAGCCUGGCCACACCCCCAGGGGUUAUCACCUUCAGCUCCAACCUGCAGGACGUUAGUGAGGUAGAACUCGUUUUAUUUCUGUAUUAUAUCAUGUAUUGUAAUUAUAUAAUGUAUUUUAAGGUACCACAAUAGUAUAUUGUGUUAUCCUAGACACGUAUUAAAAUGUAUGUACUGUCUGUAUAUGUUCAAAUUAACUCAAUCAAUCAUUCAGGUGGAGUUGGUGAUCGAGGCGGUGUUUGAGAACAUGGCCCUGAAGCUACAGGUGUUUAGGCAUCUGGCCUCAGUGUGUGGACCUGGGACCCUGCUCUGCUCCAACACCUCUGGCCUGGACAUGGACCAGCUAGCUGCGGUCACCAAGAGCCCUGCCCUGGUGGUGGGGAUGCACUUCUUUGCUCCGGCCCACGUCAUGAAGCUGCUGGAGGUGGUGUGUGGUCCACGCUCGUCCCCGGAGGCGGUUGCCACGGCAAUGCAGCUGGGCAAGAGGAUGGGGAAAGUCAGUGUCGCCGUGGGCAACUGUCCGGGGUUUGUGGGUAACCGGAUGUUGAAGCCGUACCUGGAACAGGCCAACUUCCUGUUGGAGGAAGGUGCCACGCCCCAGCAGGUGGACGAGGCUCUGGAGGAGUUUGGAUUCCCCAUGGGCGUGUUCCGGAUGUCCGACCUAUCAGGGCUGGACGUGGGCUGGAGGAUCAGGAAGGAGGCGGGGCUUACAGGGCCAGGGGUGGAGCCAUCCAGGACACGCCAGGGCCGACGGUACAGCCCGCUACCUGACCAGGUGUGUGAGGCAGGCCGGCUGGGCCAGAAGACAGGGAGGGGAUGGUACCAGUAUGAUGGGCCUGGAGGCAGGGUGGCGAGGUCCGACCCCUGGGUACACAUCUUCUUGGAGGCCUACAGGUAAAUCUGUAAUGAUUUAAAUCUGUAUAUCUGGAAAGUGCUGAUGUAAAAAGGGCUUUAUAAAAUAAAUGUAAUUGACGAAUGGAUGGAUGGCUUUACAUUUACAUUAACAUUUUAGUCAUUUAGCAGACUUUUUUUUCGGGGGGAAGUCCACUAAUAUUGCAGAAGAUUCCAUGUAAUGCCCCCCCCAUAUUUUUUUUUAUUUUUUAUAUAUAUAUAUUCCCCUUUAUUACUUUUCAACCCACCAUCCUUUCCCUACUGGAGUAAAUUAGUGAACAACAACGCCCAGGCUCUACUUCCGGUCCAUACUCACUUCUACACCUUAUGGACAGAGUUAAUUUACAAUAAUUCUAUAUGCUAUUAUUAUAUAUAUUAGUAUAUACUGACAUACACUACACACAUAUACAUAUAUAUAUAUAUAUACAUUUAGCAGACUCUUAUCCAGAGCGACUUACAGGAAGUAUUAGGUUUAAGUGCCUUGCUCAAGGGUACAUCAACACCUAGUCAGCUCAGGGAUUCGAACCAGCGACCUUUCGGUUACUGACCCAACGAUCUUAAUUGCUAGGCUACCUGCCGCUACCUGCCAGGUUGGUCGGUAUGGGUGGAUGGGUUGUUGGGAGGGUGGUUGGUCGGUAUGGGUGGAUGGGUUGUUGGGAGGGUGGUUGGGUGGACUGAUUGAUUAAUUGACCGAUCUAUCAAUCGAUUGAUACAGGGCGCAGCACGGCCUGGUGGCCCGGAGCAUCGCCCCAGAGGAGAUCCUAGAACGCUGUCUCUACGCUCUGAUCAAUGAAGGCUUCAACAUCCUGCAGGAAGCCAUGGCCGCCGGGCCGGAACACAUCGACGCUAUCUAUGUGUUUGGGUACGGCUGGCCCCGGCACCGCGGGGGACCGAUGUUCCAUGCAGGUCAGGUGGGAUUGGGCAGGGUCCUGGAGAGGCUAGAGCACCACCACCACAACCACCCUGACGUGCCCCAUCUGGAGCCCAGCACGCUGCUACGGAGGCUGGUCGCAGGGGGGAGUCCUCCGGUCCAGAAGUGGAGAGAGUUCAUCAACAAAGAUAGAGUACACAGUCAGCUCUGAGAUGCCCAAGUCACACCUGUCAAUGCAUCCCUGUCAAGUCACACCUGUCAAUGCAUCCCUGUCAAGUCACACCUGUCAAUGCAUCCCUGUCAAGUCACACCUGUCAAUGCAUCCCUGUCAAGUCACACCUGUCAAUGCAUCCCUGUCAAGUCACACCUGUCAAUGCAUCCCUGUCAAGUCACACCUGUCAAUGCAAACCUGUGAUAAAAUAAUAAAGAAAGUCACCCUAGAGACGCCCAAUGAUUUAUUGGGUAUCAUCAAUAUUUCGGCCCGCAGUGCCUUCCCUACCAUCAGCAUGUGUGCAAAGUGUCUUAAGAAAUGUAAUAAAUACAUUUUCUAUAAUAAAUUUUCUCAUGCUUUCAAAAUAAUACCCACUGACACUUUUAUGCAGGGUUGGUUUUGUGUUCUGUUUAAAUGAGGUAAGUUGGCUUAAUAUUUGAAUAGAUUUAGCUGAACAGAGAAUUGGGUAUUCAAAUAACAUUUCACUCUGUAGGUCUGGCAAGUCUUUCUCACUCAUAACUUAAUAGUGUUUUCCACACGUCAGUAGGGAUAGCCUUUGACUGUUGGCAUUUCAUUCACCCUCCUGUCAAAAUUAAUUAACCAGACAUUAUUCUCUCUUUACCGGGGUGGAGAGAGGUCCAGACGGAAUCAGCAACCAGGCCUGUGUCUGUUACCAGGGUAUCACCAGCCUGAUCGCUGCGCUCUCCGUUCUAUUAACCAGCCUGAUCGCUGCGCUCUCCAUCAUCCAGUGAGGACUUCUAUAACCAGCUGAUCGCUGCGCUCACAUUCUAUUAACCAGCUGAUCGCUGCUCAUUCAUCACAACCAGCCUGAUCGCUGCGUCCCAUUCUAUAACCAGCCUGAUCGCUGCAUCACCAUGUCUAUUAAUCAGCCUGAUCGCUGCAUUCACCAUCUAUUAACAGCCUGAUCGCUGCGUUCACCAUUCUAUUAAUCAGCCUGAUCGCUGCGUUCACCAUUCUAUUAACUCAGCCUGAUCGCUGCAUUCACCAUUCUAUUAAUCAGCCUGAUCGCUGGUUCACCAUUCUAUUAAUCAGCCUGAUCGCUGGCUUCACCAUUCUAUUAAUCAGCCUGAUCGCUGCGUUCACCAUUCUAUUAACAGCUUGAUCGCUGCGUUCAUCAUUCUAUUAACCAGCUUGAUGCUGCUUCACAUUCUAUUAACCAGCUGAUGCUGCGUCACCAUUCUAUUAACCAGCCUGAUCGCUGCGUUCACCAUUCUAUUAACCAGCCUGAUCGCUGCGUCACCAUCUAUAACCAGCCUGAUCGCUGCUUCACCAGUCUAUUAACAGCCUGAUCGCUGCGUUCACCAUUCUAUUAACCAGCCUGAUCGCUGCGUUCACCAUUCUAUUAACAGCCUGAUCGCUGCGUUCACCAUUCUAUUAACAGCCUGAUCGCUGCGCUCACCAUUCUAUAACCAGCCUGAUCGCUGCGUCACCAUUCUAUUAACCAGCCUGAUCGCUGCGUUCACCAUCUAUUAACCAGCCUGAUCGCUGCGUUCACCAUUCUAUUAACCAGCCUGAUCGCUGCGUUCACCAUUCUAUUAAUCAGCCUGAUCGCUGCGUUCACCAUUCUAUUAACCAGCCUGAUCGCUGCAUUCACCAUUCUAUUAAUCAGCCUGAUCGCUGCGUUCACCAUUCUAUUAAUCAGCCUGAUCGCUGCGUUCACCAGUCUAUUAAUCAGCCUGAUCGCUGCGUUCACCAUUCUAUUAACCAGCCUGAUCGCUGCGUUCAUCAUUCUAUUAACCAGCCUGAUUGCUGCGCUCACCAUUCUAUUAACCAGCCUGAUCGCUGCGUUCACCAUUCUAUUAACCAGCCUGAUCGCUGCAUUCAUCAUUCUAUUAACCAGCCUGAUUGCUGCCUUCAUUCUACACUAUAUAUACAGCAGUAUGUGGACACCCCUUCAAAUCAGUGGAUUUUGCUAUUUCAGCCACACCAGUUGCUGACAGGUGUAUAAAAUUGAGCACACAGCCAUGCAAUCUCCAUAGACAAACAUUGGCUGUAGAAUGGCCUGUACUGAAGAGCUCAGUGACUUUCAACAUGGCACCGUCAUAGGAUGCCACUUUUCCAACAAGUCAGUUCGUCAACUUUCUGCCCUGCUAGAGCUGCCCCGGUCAACUGUAAGUGCUGUUAUUGUGAAGUGGAAACGUCUAGGAGCAACAACGGCUCAGCCACGCAGUGGUAGGCCACACAAGCUCACAGAACAGGACCGCUGAAGCGCGUAGCGCAUAAAAAUCGUCUGUCCUGGUUGCAACACUCACUACCGAGUUCCAAACUACCUCUGGAAGCAACGUCAGCACAAUAACUGUUAGUCGGGAGCUUCAUGAAAUGGGUUUCCAUGGCCGAACAUCCGCACACAAGCCUAAGAUCACAAUGCGCAAUGCCAAGCGUCAGCUCGAGUGGUGUAAAGAUCGCCUCCAUUGGACUCUGGAGCAGUGGAAACUUGUUCUCUGAAUCACGCUUCACUAUCUGGCAGUCCGACGGACAAAUCUAGGUUUGGCGAAUGCCAGGAGAAUGCUAUCUGCCCCAAUGCAUAGUGCCAACUGUAAAGUUUGGUGGAGGAGGAAUAAUGGUCUGGGGCUGUUUUUCAUGGUUCGGGCUAGGCCCCUUAGUUCCAGUGAAAGGACAUCUUAAUGCUACAGCAUACAAUGACAUUCUAGACAAUUCUGUGCUUCCAACUUUGUGGCAACAGUUUGGGGAAGGCCGUUUCCUGUUUCAGCAUGAUAAAGCCACCAUGCACAAAGCGAGGUCCAUACAGAAAUGGUUUGUCGAGAUCGGUGUGGAAGAACUUGACUGACCUGCACAGAGCCCUGACCUCAACCCCAUCAAACACCUUUGGGAUGAAUUGGAAAGCCGACUGGGAGCCAGGCCUAAUCGCCCAACAUCAGUGCCCCGACCUCACUAAUGCUCUUGUGGCUGAAUGGAAGCAAGUCCCCACAGCAAUGUUCCAACAUCUAGUGGAAAGCCUUCCCAGAAGAGUGGAGGCUGUUAUAGCAGCAAAGGGGGGACCAACUCCAUAUUAAUGCCCAUGAUUUUGGAAUGAGAUGUUCGACGAGCAGGUGUCCACAUACUUUUGGUCAUGUAGUGUAUUUAGCAGCCUGGUCGCUGCCUUCACCAUUCUAUUCCAGUAAAACUGAUGAUACUGAUUGAAGUCCUGAGUGAAAUUAAUAAAAGCUGAGUUUAUCAUAUUGAGUCAAUAUUUUUCAUGAUGCUCAAUUCAAUCAAAAGCUGUGUUGCAGUAUUUGCAAAGUUGCUCUUUUUCCAAUGGUCAAAUGACUGGUCUUGGGUCCUGUAUAAAAACCUACAACUACUACCAGGGCGACCCCCCUACCAGGGCGACCCCCCUACCAGGGUGACCCCCCCCCUACCAGGGCGACCCCCCUACCAGGGUGACCCCCCCCUACCAGGGCGACCCCCCUACCAGGGUGACCCCCCCCUACCAGGGCGACCCCCCCCCUACCAGGGCGACCCCCCUACCAGGGCGACCCCCCCCUCACAGGUAUGCUUUCACUUUUCAGAAUUAGAAGUGUGUGGGCACGGGAUGAAUAUCGUAAAUAAAGACAUUGCUAUGGCAACUGUUGGCAGGUUUCUCAACCAUCAUUUCUACUUAUGAUUUGCUGCUAUUAGGUGGUUUUAGGUCGAUCGUUUCCAUGGGUUAUGAAGUGUUAAGGAAGUGAACGUUAUUUAUAAUAAGGGUUACAAAACAUUUGCCAUUACAAAUGUAGACAUACAGUGCAUUCGGAAAGUAUUCAGACCCCUUUACUUUUUCCACAUUUUGUUACGUUACAGCCUUAUUCUAAAAUGGAUUUAAAAAAUAAUAAUCCUCAUCAAUCUACACACAAUAACCCAUAAUGACACAGCGGAAACAGGUUUUUAGAAAUUUUUACAAUUAAAAAAAUAAUAAAACACAGAAAUACCUUAUUUAGAUAAGUAUUCAGACCCUUUGCUAUGAGACUCGAAAUUGAGCUCAGGUGCAUCCUGUUUCCAUUGAUCAUCCUUGAGAUGUUUCUACAACUUGAUUGGAGUCCACCUGUGGUAAAUUCAAUUGAUUGGACAUGAUUUGGAAAGGCACACACCUGUCUAUAUAAGGUCCCACAGUUGACAGUGCAUGUCAGAGCAAAAACCAAGCCAUGAGGUCGAAGGAAUUGUUCGUAGAGCUCCGAGACAGGAUUGUGUCAAGGCACAGAUCUGGGGAAGGGUACCAAAACAUUUCAGCAGCAUUGAAGGUCCCCAAGAACACAGUGGCCUCCAUCAUUCUUAAAUGGAAGAAGUUUGGAACCACCAAGACUCUUCCUAGAGCUGUCCGCCCGGCCAAACUGAGCAAUCGGGGAGAAGGGCCUUGGUCAGGGAGGUGACCAAGAACCCAAUGGUCACUCUGACAGUGCUCCAGAGUUCUUCCAGAAGGACAACCAUCUCUGCAGCACUCCACCAAUUAGGCCUUUAUGGUAGAGUGGCCAGACGGAAGCCACUCCUCAGUAUAAGGCACAUGACAACCCGCUUGGAGUUUGCCAAAAGGCACCUAAAGACUCUCAGACCAUGAGAAACAAGAUUCUCUGGUCUGAUGAAACCAAGAUUGAACUCUUUGGCCUGAAUGCCAAGCGUCACGUCUGGAGGAAACCUGGCACCAUCCCUACGGUGAAGCAUUGUGGUGGCAGCAUCAUGCUGUGGUGAUGUUUUUCAGCGGCAGGGACUGGGAGAGUAGUCAGGAUCUAGGGAAAGAUGAACGGAGCAAAGUACAGAGAGAUCCUUGAUGAAAACCUGCUCCAGAGCGCUCAGGGCCUCAGACUGGGGCGAAGGUUCACCUUCCAACAGGACAAUGACCCUAAGCACACAGCCAAGAAAACUCUUUGGGACAAGUAUCUGAUGAAAACCUACUCACCUUCCAACAGGACAACAACCCUAAGCACACAGCCAAGACAACGCAGGAGUGGCUUCGGGGCAAGUCUCUGAAUGUCCUUGAGUGGCCCAGCCAGAGCCUGGACUUGAACUUGAUCUAACAUCUCUGGAGAGUCCUGAAAAUAGCUGUGCAGCGACGCUCCCCAUCCAACCUGACAGAGCUUGAGAGGAUCUGCAGAGAAGAAUGGGAGAAACUCCCCAAAUACAGGUGUGCCAAGCUUUUAACGUCAUACCCAAGAAGACUCGAGGCUGUAAUCGCUGCCAAAGGUGCUUCAACAAAGUACUGUUUAAAGGGGGUUAGGGUUACAGAUGCGUUAAUUAGAAACAACAACGCGAUUAAAUACAAUUCUAUGAAAAACUAUAUAAAUCAGAAUUAAACAAAAGUUAUAUAUCCUUCUUAGACUCAACAACUCUGAAGCAAUUAUCAGCAGACAAAAGAAACUGCAUGUGUGGUUCCCACCGUGAAGCGUGGAGGAGGAGGUGUUAUGGUGUGGGGGUGCUUUGCUGGUGACACUGUCUGUGAUUUAUUUAGAGUUCAAGGCACACUUAACCAGCAUGGCUACCACAGCAUUCUGCAGCGAUACGCCAUCCCACUAUACGCAAACCACAUGGGAUAUCAUUUGUUUUACAACAGUACAAUAGCCCAAAACACACCUACAGGGCUAUUUGUCCAAGGAGAGUGAUGGAGUGCUGCAUCAGAUUACCUGGCCUCCACAAUCACCCGACCUCAACCCAAUUGAGAUGGUUUGGGAUGAGUCGGACCGCAGAGUGAAUGAAAAGCAGCCAACAAGUGCUCAGCAUAUGUGGGAACUUCUUCAAGACAGUUGGAAAAGCAUUCCAGGUGACGCUGGUUGAGAGAAUGUCAAGAGUGUGAAAAACUGUCAUCAAGGCAAAGGGUGGCUAUUUGAAGAAUCUCAAAUGUUGGUUACUACAUGAUUCCAUUUGUGUUAUUUCAUAGUUUUGAUGUCUUCACUAUUAUUCUACAAUGUAGAAAAUAGUAAAAAUUAAGAAAAACCCUUGAAUGAGUAGGUAUGUCCUAACUUUUGACUGGUACUGUAUGUAAAUGAGAUAUUUCUGUAUUAUUUUCCCAAUACAUUUCCAAAAAUGUCUAAAAACAUGUUUUCACUUGGUCAUUUAUGGGGUAUUGUAUGUAGAAGGGUGAGAAAAUAAAUACAUGCAAUCCAUUUUGAAUUCAAGCUGUAACACAAGAACAUUUGUAAUAAGUUAAGGGGUAUGAAUACUUUCUGAUGGCAAUGUAGUUAAAUGCACUAAAGAUGAACCAUAGGUGCAUAUUGAAGAUGCCCAGAAUCUUUUCCUGUGCCUAUUAUCAAAGGAUAAAGCUAAGAACAUUAACAACUUCAUAGUUAAGAACACUAUAACAAUAUGGAAGAAAAUGAACUGUAUUCUACAAGAACCAAUAUCACUCCCUAAAAACACAACCCUAUGGAACUAUUCUUGGAUUGCUUUUCAGAAUUCAACGAUAAAUUGGUCCACAUGGAAAACUAAAGGCAUAAAACCGUAAAUUACUUGGUAAUAGGAAAUACAUUUAUUUCCAUCACAGCCUUAAAAAGCAAUUUUGGACUGACCAAUGUAGAUAUUUUCAAAUACUUCGAACUUAAAAGUUAUAUAUCACAAAGUUUCGAUUUGAAAUCUUUUGGACAUCAGAGCAAUCUUGAGCGAAUCCUAAUUCAGGCAGAAAAUAGUAUUAAUAUGAUAGGUAAGCUAUGCAAAAUCUUGCAAAGAGCCUAUCCAACUGACAAUCUCUUUGAAAACAAUAUGUAAACUAUUGGAACCAAAACUUACAAAUAACUGAUAUUGACACAAGAUGGAGGGAAUGAUGGAACAUAACUAAAGAAAUUACAGUUAACGAAAAUGUACGCCAGUAAAAAAUAAUGUAUAUCAUUGAUUAUACAAGAGACAAAAUUCCCAAAUUCUUAAAACGGCAGAGUCAUGUCUUAAGUGUAAAACUAACAAUGCCUUCUGGGAAUUUUAUAAAGUCCAAAAGUUAUGGGCGGAGUUGAACAUUGGCUGUCCUGGACAGACCAGAGCCUUAAAUAUGCAGUUUUAGAAACUGUUCUUCAUCUUGUAGGCAGGGCUGUGGGCCAGACGGUUGAGGGUUCACAGACCACCGUGGACAAGAGUAGGGUGGGGGUGGAAAGAUCUCCUUUAUAGUAAAAACAUUGCAUUAGUCUAUCAUUGAAUUUGCAGGUCCGAGACAAAAAUUCUAUGUAAUUUUACAUAUUUGCAGAAUCUUUUUUAAUACCACACAAAACUGAGGCAGUUUGCCCACAGGAAGUACCUGCCUACCUCUGAUACGCCUCCCAGUGGAGCAAUAAAAACAAUCAAGAAUCCAAGAAAUAGCUCACAUUAACAUAUGUAACCUAAGAAACAAGGUUCAUGAAAUUGAUAACUUGCUAGUAACAGAUAAAAUCCAUAUACUGACAAUCUCGGAAACUCACUUAGAUAAUACCUUUGAUGAUACAGUGGUAGCAAUACAUGAUUUCAACAUCUUCAGAAGAGACAGGAAUGCCAAUAGUGGAGGUGUGGCGUCAUAUUCCUGUGAAGCUUAGAGAGGAUCUCAUGUUAAAUAGUGUUGAAGUAAUACGGCUACAGGUUCAUCUGCCUCACCUAAAGCCCAUUCUGGUGGGAAUCUGCUAUAGACCACCAAGUGCUAACAGUCAGUAUCUGGUUAAUAUGUGUGAAAUGCUUGAUAAUGUAUGUGAUAUCAACAGAGAGGUAUAUUUUCUGGGUGACCUAAAUAUUGACUGGCUUUCAUGAAGCUGCCGACUCAAGAAAAAGCUUUAAACUGUAACCAGUGCCUGCAACCUGGUUCAGGUUAUCAGUCAACCUACCAGGGUAGUUACAAACAGCACAGGAAUGAAAUCAUCAACAUGUAUUGAUCACAUCUUUACUAAUGCUGCUGACAUUUGUUUGAAAGCAGUAUCCAAAUCCAUCGGAUUUAGUGAUCACAAUAUAGUAGCCAUAUCUAGGAAAACCAAAGUUCCAAAGGCUGGGCCUAAUAUAGUUUAUAAGAGGUCAUACAAUACGUUUUAUAGUGAUUCCUAUGUUGUUGAUGUAAAGAAUAUUUGAAGUUUUGUGGUGUGUAAUGAGGAGCAACCAGAUGCUGCAUUUGACACAUUUAUGAAAUUAUGUAUUCCAGUUACUAAUAAGCAUGCAACCCAUUAAGAAAAUGACUGUAAAAACUUAAAUCCCUGUGGAUUGAUGAGGAAUUGAAAACUGGCCAUCUUAAUCUUUUCUUUUUAUUGGCCAGUCUGAGAUAUGGCUUUUUCUUUGUGACUCUGCCUAGAAGGUCAGCAUCCCGGAGUCGCCUCUUCACUGUUGACGUUGAGACUGGUGUUUUGCGGGUACUAUUUAAUGAAGCUGCCAGUUGAGGACCUGUGAGGCAUCUGUUUCUCAAACUAGACACUCUAAUGUGUUUGUCCUCUUGCUCAGUUGUGCACCGGGGCCUCCCACUCCUCUUUCUAUUCUGGUUAGAGCCAGUUUGCGCUGUUCUGUGAAGGGAGUAGUACACAGCGUUGUACGAGAUCUUCAGUUUCUUGGCAAUUUCUCGCAUGGAAUAGCCUUCAUUUCUCAGAACAAGAAAAGACGGACGAGUUUCAGAAGAAAGUUAUUUGUUUCUGGCCAUUUUGAGCCUGUAAUCGAACCCACAAUUGCUGAUUCUCCAGAUACUCAACUAGUCUCAAGAAGGCCAGUUUUAUUGCUUCUUUAAUCAGCAGAACAGUUUUCAGCUGUGCUAACAUAAUUGAAAAAGGGUUUUCUAAAAUGAUAAUCUUGGAUUAGCAAACACAACGUGCCAUUGGAACACAGGACUGAUGGUUGCUGAUAAUGGGCCUCUGUACGCCUAUGUAGAUAUUCCAUUAAAAAUCAGCCGUUUCCAGCUACAAUAGCCAUUUACAACAUUAACAAUGUCCACACUGUAUUUCUGAUCAAUUUGAUGUUAUUUUAAUAGACAAAAAAAUUGCUUUUCUUUCGAAAACAAGGAAAUGUCUAAGUGACCCCAAACUUUUGAACGGUAGUGUACAUAUAUGAAAGGUUGAGUUGAGGAGGUUGAGUCAAGUUGAGGAGACUAAACUGCUUGGAGUAACCCUGGAUUGUAGACUGUCAUGGUCAAAACAUAUUGAUGCAACAGUAGCUAAGAUGGGGAGAAGUAUGUCCAUAUUAAAGGACUGCUCUACCUUCUUAACAGCACUAUCAACAAGGCAGGUCCUACAGGCCCUAGUUUUGUUGCACCUGGACUACUGUUCAGUCAUGUGGUCAGGUGCCACAAAAAAGGACUUAGGAAAAUUGUAAUUGGCUCAGAACAGGGCAGCAUGGCUGGCCCUUGGACGUACACAGAGAGCUAACAUUAAUAAUAUGCAUGUCGAUCUCUCCUGGCUCAAAGUGGAGGAGAGAUUGACUUCAUCACUACUUGUAUUUGUGAGACAUGUUGAAUGCACCGAGCUGUCUGUUUAAACUACUGGCACACAGCUCGGACACCCAUGCAUACCCCACAAGACAUGCCACCAGAGGUCUCUUCACAGUCCCCAAGUCCAGAACAGACACACACACAGGUACAGACACACACACACACACACACACACACACACACACACACACACACACACAAAUGAUAACAUACACCCUAUACACAUGUACACAUGGAUUCUGUAGAUAUGUGGUAGUAGAGUGGUGGUCUGAGGGAACAUACUUAAUGUGUUGUGAAAUCUGUUAUGAAUGUAUUGUAAUGUUUUUAAAAUUUAAUUUAACUUAAUUUUGCUGGUCCCAGGAAGAGUGGGAUCCAUAAUAAUGGGGAUCCAUAAUAAAAACAAAAAAAUGCAAAUUACCGAAAUUACAGGCUAAGAAUGGACAGAGAGAUGGACCUAUGAGUUCAUCUUAUAUUUCUCCAAUGCCAAAUCAGUGUGUCUUGUUUGCAAUUAAAAUAUCCCUGUUUGCAAAUAAUUACAUCUGAGAUGUCAUUAGGAAUCGGAGUAUGGUACUUUCAAACGUUCCACCCCUGACAGAGUAUGCCUACCAACGCAGAAAAAGUUAAUAUUCAACUGCUGGCCCAGCGAGAGAAGGUCACAAGUGUUUCCUUGAAAGUUGUCUGGGUUUAAACAUCUUAUAUUGUACAGAAAGGUGAAUAGCUAAAUCAAUUGAUAGUGACAGAAUUAGAUUACAUCUCCUUGGCUAUAGAAGGUUGUAGCUCAGCCUCUGAAUGUCAAAUAAAUAAUAUCCUCAUAUGCAUCCGAGUUACGUCUUUCCCGGGGAUUUUACAGCUUGUUUCUAGCAUAAAGCAUCGCGGACCAAAGCGCUGUUAUAGAUCACUUUAUAUAGUCGGAUCCGUUUUAUUUUCUUAAACAUCUUAAACUAACAGGCCUGUGCUUUCUGCCAUUUUCUUUAAUAAAAGGUAGACCUAUGGCAUACCCUCUCAUACCCCCUCAAUUCAAGUUUUGGUUUUAACUUAACAGCCCAUCACUGACACGGAGGUAGGCUAUUUAAAGAGUGCAUGGUGUGUGGAGGAAUUGACCGACAAAAUCUAUGGAUAUAGCAGCCUAUAGCCUAAUUUCGUCUGUCAAACUGGUAGGCCUACCUCUUAUUUCUUAAAUAGGUCGAAAUAGGCUCCAACACAAAGCCCUCUUGUUGUUAGUAAAGUCUAAUUAAAAUGAAGACAGUUUAAAUUAAUUAUGCCUACUCGAAUUUGCCUCCUUUCAGCACCAUGAGCUGUCCAUUUCUGGUUGAUUGUGCCGCGGCUGCUGCUUCAAGUUUCAGCACCAGUUACUCAAAUCUGUUUUAUUGUGAGGUCAGUAACUCUAAAAAUACAUCAUGGCCAAGAAACAUAUUGUUUUUUAUCAAAGAAAUUACAGUAGUAGGAAGCUGUCAAAGUUGACCUCCAGUCCUCCUCAUCUUGGCUCUCCAUCUCAAACUGAACAGAACAGGCUAUAGGCUAGUCCGGCCUAAUGAAAGCAGACUUUCCCUCCUGAACUGGCACCGUAGCCCUACACAGCACAGCAUUGGUCAAGCAGCACACAACAAUGUUUUGGAUCAGCAAGAGCAGAGCAGGCCGGGGUUCAGGGUUGGAAUAUCCAUUGCAGUGUGUAAUGCAGGCCGGGGCUCAGGGUUGGAAUAUCCAUUGCAGUGUGUAAUGCAGCCGGGGCUCAGGGUUGGAAUAUCCAUUGCAGUGUGUAAUGCAGGCCAGGGCUCAGGGUUGGAAUAUCCAUUGCAGUGUGUAAUGCAGGCCGGGGCUCAGGGUUGGAAUAUCCAUUGCAGUGUGUAAUGCAGGCCGGGGCUCAGGGUUGGAAUAUCCAUUGCAGUGUGUAAUGCAGGCCGGGGCUCAGGGUUGGAAUAUCCAUUGCAGUGUGUAAUGCAGGCCGGGGCUCAGGGUUGGAAUAUCCACUGCAGUGUGUAAUGCAGCCUAGUUGUAUUUACACCAUCCCAGCAGCUAUCUUCGAAAUAUAACUUUUCUCUGUGCUUCUCCCAGCAUGCACUUCGUAGCAUAUAUGCUCAAAUCAAAUCACAUUUUAUUUGUCACAUACACUUGUUUAGCAGAUGUUAUUGCUUGUGGUUCUAGCUCCGACAGUGCAGUAAUAUCUAACAAGUACAUUUACAUUUACGUCAUUUAGCAGACGCUCUUUUCCAGAGUGACUUACAUAUUGGUGCAUUCAACUUAUGAUAGCCAGUUUUCUUUUAUGGGGGGGUCAGAGAGGGGGGUGUAGAAGGAUUACUUUUAUACUAUUCCAGGUAUUCCUUAAAGAGGUGGGGUUUCAAGUGUCUCCGGAAGGUGGUGAGUGACUCCGCUGUCCUGGCGUCGUGGGGGAGCUUGUUCCACCAUUGGGGUGCCAGAGCAGCGAAUAGCUUUGACUGGGCUGAGCGAGAACUGUGCUUCCAUAAAGGUAGGGGGGCUAGCAGGCCAGAGGUGGAUGAACGUAGUGCCCUCGUUUGGGUGUAGGGUCUGAUCAGAGCCUGAAGGUAAGGAGGUGCCGUUCCCCUCACAGCUCCGUAGGCAAGCACCAUGGUAUUGUAGCAGAUGCAGGCUUCAACUGGAAGCCAGUGGAGUGUGCGGAGGAGCGGGGUGACAUGAGAGAACUUGGGAAGGUUGAACACCAGACGGGCUGCAGCGUUCUGGAUGAGUUGUAGGGGUUUAAUGGCACAGGCAGGGAGCCCAGCCAACAGCGAGUUGCAGUAAUCCAGACGGGAGAUGACAAGUGCCUGGAUUAGGACCUGUGCCGCUUUCUGUGUAAGGUAGGGUCGUACGCUGCGAACGUUGUAGAGCAUGAACCUGCAGGAUCGGGUCACCGCUUUGAUGUUAGCGGAGAACGACAGGGUGUUGUCCAGGGUCACACCAAGGUUCUUUGCACUCUGGGAGGAGGACACAAUGGAGUUGUCAACAGUGAUGGCUUGAUCAUGGAGCGGGCAGUCCUUCCCCGGGAGGAAGAGCAGCUCCAUCUUGCCGAGGUUCAGCUUGAGGUGGUGAUCCAACAUCCACACUGAUAUGUCUGCCAGACAUGCAGAGAUGCGAUUCGCCACCUGGUUAUCAGAAGGGGGAAAGGAGAAAAUGAAUUGUGUGUCGUCUGCGUAGCAAUGAUAGGAGAGACCAUGUGAGGAUAUGACAGAGCCAAGUGACUUGGUGUAUAGAGAGAAUAGGAGAGGGCCUAGAACUGAGCCCUGGGGGACACCAGUGGUGAGAGCACGUGGUGCGGAGACAGAUUCUCGCCACGCCACCUGGUAGGAGCGACCUGUCAGGUAGGACGCAAUCCAAGAGUGAGCCGCGCCGGAGAUGCCCAACUCCGAGAGGGUGGAGAGGAGGAUCUGAUGGUUCACAGUAUCAAAGGCAGCAGAUAGGUCUAGAAGAACGAGAGCAGAGGAGACAGAGUUAGCUUUAGCAGUGCGGAGAGCCUCCGUGACACAGAGAAGAGCAGUCUCAGUUGAAUGACCAGUCUUGAAACCUGACUGGUUUGGAUCAAGAAGGUCAUUCUGAGAGAGAUAGCAGGAGAGUUGGCUAAAGAAGGCAUGCUCAAGAGUUUUGGAGAGAAAGGAAAGAAGGGAUACUGGUCUGUAGUUGUUGACAUCGGAGGGAUCGAGUGUAGGUUUUUUGAGGAGGGGUGCAACUCUCGCUCUCUUGAAGACGGAAGGGACAUGGCCAGCGGUCAAGGAUGAGUUGAUGAGCGAGGUGAGGUGAGGGAGAAGGUCUCCGGAAAAUGGUCUGGAGAAGAGAGGAGGGGAUAGGGUCAAGCGAGCAGGUUGUUGGGCGGCCAGGCCGUCACAAGUCGCAAAAUUUAAUCUGGAGAGAGAGGGGAGAAAGAAGUCAAAGCAUAGGGUAGGGCAGUGUGAGCAGGACCAGCGGUGUCAUUUGACUUAAUAAAUGAGGAUCGGAUGUCGUCAACCUUCUUUUCAAAAUGGUUGACGAAGUCAUCCACAGAGAGGGAGGAGGGAGGGGGAGGAGGAGGAGGAUUCAGCAGGGAGGAGAAGGUGGCGAAGAGCUUCCUAGGGUUAGAGGCCGAGGCUUGAAAUGUAGAGUGGUAGAAAGUGGCUUUAGCAGCGGAAACAGAGGAAGAGAAUGUAGAGAGGAGGGAGUGAAAAGAUGCCAGGUCUGCAGGGAGUCUAGUUUUCCUCCAUUUCCGCUUGGCUGCCCGGAGCCCUGUUCUGUGAGCUCGCAGUGAGUCAUCAAGCCACGGAGCAGGAGGGGAGAACCGAGCCGGCCGGGAGGAUAGGGGACAUAGAGAGUCAAAGGAUGCAGAAAGGGAGAAGAGGAGGGUUGAGGAGGCAGAAUCAGGAGAUUGGAGGGAGAAGGAUUGAGCAGAGGGAAGAGAUGAUAGGAUGGAAGAGGAGAGAGUAGCAGGAGAGAGAGAGCGAAGGUUGCGGCAGCGCAUUACCAUCUGUGUAGGGGCAGAGUGAGUAGUGUUGGAGGAGAGCGAGAGAGAAAAGGAUACAAAGUAGUGGUCGGAGACAUGGAGGGGAGUUGCAGUGAGAUUAGUAGAAGAGCAGCAUCUAGUAAAGAUGAGGUCAAGCGUAUUGCAUGCCUUGUGAGUAGGGGGGGAUGGUGAAAGAAGGAGGCAGAGAGAAAUGAGUCAAAGGCAGACGUAGGGAGGUUAAAGUCACCCAGAACUGUGAGGGAUGAGCCAUCCUCAGGAAAGGAAUGUAUCAAGGCGUCAAGCUCAUUGAUGAACUCUCCAAGGGAACCUGGAGGUCGAUAAAUGAUAAGGAUGUUAAGCUUGAAUGGGCUAGUGACUGUGACAGCAUGGAAUUCAAAUGAGGAUAUAGACAGAUGGGUCAGGGUAGAAAGAGAGAAUGUCCACUUGGGAGAGAUGAGGAUUCCUGUGCCACCGCCGCGCUAACCAGAUGCUCUCGGGGUAUGCGAGAACAUAAUAAUAAUAUCUAACAAUUUCACAACAUAUACCCAAUACACACAAACCUAAGUAAGGAAUGGAAUUUAAGAAUAUAUACAUAUAUGGACAAGCAAUUGAUCAUUUGAUUGACACCACACUAAAUAGCCUAUAGGUGCACUUGAUAUUGCGCCCAGCUGAGAGUCAGAGAUGAGGGGUGGCAUCUGACACACAUCCAUAUAUAGCCUGAUAAGCACCUCAUUCUAAAACACUGAGAAAUAUAGACAUUUCAUCAAUUACAAAUUACAUGACCCUCCCCUGGACUAGAUUUUUUUAAAAUACUAACCCUCCCCUUCUGAAAUUGAAAAAGCAUGACCCUUCCCCAUUUUCCUCCAGGUAACCAUUCUGUACAUUUUGAUCCAUGCCUAACUAAUCAGUCCCUCCAGGAUUUCUGCGGGCAAAAAUAAUUGAUUUUGCGGCAGCUUUUCUGAAAUUCUGAGAUACAUCUUCCGAUGUUUUUUUCCCAUGUUAAUUUCAUAUAAAGCAAUAAAAAGUCAUAUGUGCUCCGUUUUAGGACGAUUUUAAGCAGAAUACAUAAUACAAAAACAAUUUGGUUUAUUUUCCUGAACAAACAGCUCUUUUUCUGUACAAAAACGGGGUGGAAGAUAGCUCAGAGAUCCAACAUUUAAAAAAAAUGCAUGCCCCCAUAAUCUGUUGGUACUCAAAAUGAUUAAACUAGGACAAAAGAAACACCUGGGGUCCAAUCUGCAAUAUUAUAUCUCAAGUUCAUCUUCCAUGAAAACAAUUAGAGACUAAGUGCUCUUUUUGCAGGGAGUUGGGGAACAAUGACUGAAGUGCAGCUUUGUAGGCUUUCUUCAUGUACGGCAGCAUUGUCUGUGUCAAAGACAAUGACGUCAUCAUUGGAGAUAUUGUAGUCUUGUAGACGUUUUCACCACCACCAUGGAAACUGGUGAAUGGUUGCACUGCUCCAGAAACACUGUCUCUGCGAGGUAGGCCAGACAUUCUCCCCGAGGAUGUUCUCCUUUUCAGAAGGAUUCUCCUGUUCAAGUGGUGCGAUGAGGAUGUUCUCCCCGAGGAUGUUCUCCUGUUCAGACGGAUUCUCCUGUUCAAGUGGUGCGAUGAGGAUGUUCUCCCCGAGGAUGUUCUCCAAGUGGUGCGAUGAGGAUGUUCUCCCCGAGGAUGUUCUCCAAGUGGUGCGAUGAGGAUGUUUAGUACACAUCUUCCUUCAACAUCUGGAGUUUCAUCAAAGAUGGCCGCCACUGGCUUCCCUGCAAGAUGUUGCUUGAGUUCUUCCUUCACCUUCAGGUAGACAUCUGCCAAGUUAUUUUCCUGUAGCUGGUGGUAUCCAGGGAUGGCACCUCCCAUUGAUGAUUUUCUCCUUCACAAACUGCCUCAUUGAGGGGUGAUCACUUUUGGAAAAGGGCAUGUUGACUGCUGUGCAAGUGUCUACCCAAUCUUCACAAAUCUGAAAAAUAACAAUUGCACCAAUUAAUUAGAUAAAAUAUAUAUCUGUGUGUCAUAAUCCACUCACUCACACACACACACACGUCUCCAUCAGGCUUGGGGCUUGCUCUCAACACGAGAUGCACCUCCCAAUUCCCACUCACACACUCUCUUUCAAAAAAAUAUACAAAAUCGAUUGAAAGCUGAUCAAUCGCUUUCAAUUUGAGGAUCGAUAUUUCUUUCGCAUAAAUUGUCUUCAAAAUACUUGAGAUUGUGAUUUUUUUCUGAAAGGGUUGCAAGGGAGAUAGAGAGCAGAAAAUGUAAAAAUAGAGUAUUGUGGUUGAUAUACUUUUAAAACACUAUUACCAUUUCUAAAAUAAAAAAUACAGAAAGAUUGUGCUAACAUGAUCCCUAGGAAGUUUUACAGAGAGUUUAAAAGGCGAAAAGCUGACAAAUUGCGCUCAGUGCUUUGAGCAGCGCUCUCCAUAGACAGACUGCGGAGAGCAGAGUGCUGACCACCCUACUAAAGCCAAGGUCAGCGGAGUGCUGACCACCCUACUAAAGCCAAGGUCAGCAGAGUGCUGACCACCCUACUAAAGCCAAGGUCAGCGGAGUGCUGACCACCCUACUAAAGCCAAGGUCAGCAGAGUGCUGACCACCCUACUAAAGCCAAGGUCAGCGGAGUGCUGACCACCCUACUAAAGCCAAGGUCAGCAGAGUGCUGACCACCCUACUAAAGACAAGGUCAGCGGAGUGCCGACCACCCUACUAAAGCCAAGGUCAGCGGAGUGCCGACCACCCUACUAAAGCCAAGGUCAGCAGAGUGCUGACCACCCUACUAAAGCCAAGGUCAGCAGAGUGCUGACCACCCUACUAAAGCCAAGGUCAGCAGAGUGCUGACCACCCUACUAAAGCCAAGGUCAGCAGAGUGCUGACCACCCUACUAAAGCCAAGGUCAGCGGAGUGCCGACCACCCUACUAAAGCCAAGGUCAGCAGAGUGCUGACCACCCUACUAAAGCCAAGGUCAGCGGAGUGCCGACCACCCUACUAAAGCCAAGGUCAGCGGAGUGCCGACCACCCUACUAAAGCCAAGGUCAGCGGAGUGCCGACCACCCUACUAAAGCCAAGGUCAGCGGAAGUGCCGACCACCCUACUAAAGCCAAGGUCAGCGGAGUGCCGACCACCCUACUAAAGCCAAGGUCAGCGGAGUGCCGACCACCCUACUAAAGCCAAGGUCAGCGGAGUGCCGACCACCCUACUAAAGCCAAGGUCAGCGGAGUGCCGACCACCCUACUAAAGCCAAGGUCAGCGGAGUGCUGACCACCCUACUAAAGCCAAGGUCAGCGGAGUGCCGACCACCCUACUAAAGCCAAGGUCAGCGGAGUGCCGACCACCCUACUAAAGCCAAGGUCAGCGGAGUGCCGACCACCCUACUAAAGCCAAGGUCAGCAGAGUGCUGACACCCUACUAAAGCCAAGGUCAGCGGGAAGUGCCGACCACCCUACUAAAGCCAAGGUCAGCGAGUGCCACCACCCUACUAAAGCCAAGGUCAGCGGAAGUGCGACCCCCCCUACUAAAGCCAAGGUCAGCAGAGUGCCGACCACCCUACUAAGCCAAGGUCAGCGGAGUGCCGACCACCCUACUAAAGCCAAGUCAGCGGAGUGCCGACCCAACCCUACUAAAGCCAGGUCAGCGGAGGUGCCGACCCCCUACUAA